AUGUGGAUAAAGAUCGUCUUGUUAGCGUUGUUUAUUACGCUGUCGGCAACAAGUGAGUCAGGAAGCAAGGAAACGCUCCGACAAGUCGAUCAUCCUCCACUUCUCGAGGAGCAACAUCCUGAUGUCGCUGUUGACUCAAUGCCAAAAUCUUCGCAUAAACCUAGAGCAGAAUAUGACAUAUCUUUUUAUCAUGGUUUCCUCGCUUCAUUAUCCGUCAUCAUUGUCUCGGAACUGGGUGACAAAACAUGGUUUAUAGCUGUAAUCAUGGCCAUGCGGCAUUCGAGGCUUACCGUGUUUUCUGGCGCUAUGGGAGCUCUUGCACUUAUGACUGUGCUCUCAGGUGAGGUUUUCCAUAACAGCACAGCAACAGCAUGA